GCAGCCUGGGAUGGAUCUGGGGUCAGGCAGCAGCCAGGGUGGGGACUCAGAGAUUACCUUCCAGCUGUGGCUGCAGCUGUUCCUCUGGGCCCACCUGGCUGUCCGUUUCCUGGGCUACCUGCGCCAUACCUUCUGGGGGCCUAAGCCGCAGCCAGCACCCUGAGCCUCCCUGGCCAGGGGCAGAUGGGCCCCAGAU